CUGUUCGCCGUAUGGGGAGUUGUUAUUGCUGCGGCAAUUGGUGCCCCUGCGCUGUAUUCCGGCGCCGCGCUAGGCUGGAUGAUGCAUGCGGAUAACCAUAAGCUUGCCGUGAGGAAGGACGAGCGGGAGCAGUGGGAAACCGACGAGAAGAAGGCCAAGAGCGAGGCCAGCAAGCUCGAACUCGAGGAGAAGGCAAGGGUCCGAGCCUACGACGCAGGACGGUGA